UUACAGCUGGGUUGGCUCACGAUGGUUUCCCGUUUUGGUUCCAUUUUAACCUACCCCAUCCCCACACCCAUGGUACCAAGUUUAGCUGGCUCUCUUUCCACCUACCACCGACAACCACCGCCACUUCCUCCGCCGCCACCACCACUAGCACCACCCAACCAAACAACAAAAACCACUUCUACGCUUCCCAAAACCUAAUCCUCACACCCACGAUGUCCACACCAUCUCCAUCUCCGUCUCCCUCUCCACCUCCGCCAUCAGAACCACUAUCACAGUCACCACCGUCAAACCCUAGACCCCUCUCCACCAAGAAACCGCAUCCGGUCCCCUGGACCCACCAAGAAACAAUCCAUCUAAUUCAAUCAUAUCAGGAAAAAUGGUACUCCUUAAAACGAGGACAGCUUAAGGCCAGCCAGUGGGAAGAGGUGGCUGUAACCGUCGCUGCUCGCUGCGGCUACGACUACAGCCACCCAGCAAAAACCGUCAUUCAGUGCCGCCACAAGAUGGAGAAGCUCCGGAAACGCUUCCGCGAGGAAAAACGCCGUAUCUCUAUCACCGGCGUGUGUUCCUGGCAGUACUUUGACCUCAUGGAAUCGUUGGAACGAGGUCCGAUGCCUAUUUCUGCUCGGCCUUUGGCUCUGGUACCUCCUAAUGAUAACGUUGAUGAAGAUGAUGAAGACUUUGAGGAGGAAGCGGAGGUGGAAGACGCCGAGGAAGAAGAAGAAGAGGAGGAUUAUGGGCAUAGAAGCAAGUCCCGGAGUAUUAACUAUAUACUGCGAAAACCCACCAUUGUUAAUCGAUUUGCAGGGAGUGAUUCUGGGUUUUUGCGAGACACCAUGAAUAAGAGGAAGAGGGAGGAAAUGGUCGAGGAUGAGAAUGAUGAUGAUGGUGACGACGAUGAUGAUAAUGGCGAAGAAGAAGGAGAGAGAAGGAAAGGGGUGGAGUUGGGAUUGGCAGAGGAAAUAAGGGCAUUUGCACAGAGAAUAGUAGGCAUGGAGAGGAAAAAGAUGGAGAUGAUGAAGGAAACUGAGAAGUGGAGAAUGGAGAUGGAGAAUAGGCGUAUGGAGAUGAUUUUAGAUUCACAGAGGAAGAUUGUUUCAAUGAUAUCAGAUGCUUUUGAUUCACAAGAGGACUUGCAGAUGGAGCAAGAAUUUUAAAGGUUCAGUGUUUCUCCUUGCAAUUUUUCAGCUCUAAAUUAUUUGGUAUUGCUCUGGUUAUGGUAGGAUAGAGACCUUUACCUAUAAUUAUUUUGCAUUAGCUUCAGAAAUUGAUAUAUUCUGUAUAGUCCAAACUCGGUUACCAACAAUUUUUGGGAUGAUUUGAUUGCAUCAGGAUAUGUAAUGCAGCAGUUCUCUGGUUCAGUUAUUA